CUCUUUGUGUCCCUCUCUCUUUUAACUUUUCUUCCUUCUUCUCUACGCGUGCGCGCGCACAUUCCGACUCCGAACACACAGAUUGAAGAGCGGGCCUGGAGAUGCAAAACGAGCAAUACGUGGGCGGGAACAUGAUGGAUAUGAUGAAGCGGUCCUCGUCGCAGAGUCACGAUGGCUCCGGCGGGCCCGGCGAGGGCGGCUCCAUGAGCGGCCUCGAGGGCCUGACGCGGGGCGCAGCGGGAACCGGCGACGGCGACGGCAUCAGCAAGAAGGCUCGCUUCGUUUCCGAGGGUAACAUUCACUUUGUUGGAGGAGGCGCAGGUGGCACCGGAACAGCCGCACUGUAUGGCGCUGGUGCAGGCACAGGUGCCGGCGCAGGGUCAUCAGGAGCGCCGCCGCCCGCAGGACCCGGAGGCUCUGGCAAUGGUGGCGGUGGUGCUAGCGGAGGCUUGGUGGGAGCACCCAUGUCCGCGGAGCAGAUGAUCGAUCAACAGCAGCAACAGCAACAGCAGCAGCAAUGGGCAGAGCGAGGCUUCUCCAACGGUGCCACGUCGCCCUAUCUACAGCACCAUCAGAUGCAGCAGGCAGCAGCAAACGCAGGCGCCUAUGGCUCCAAUGCCCAGCCCAUCGUCGGCGGCAGCUUCUCGCCUCUGCCGCCCCACCACCACCACCUCCAGCAGCAGCAUGGCUCACCGAUGGCCAACAACCACAUGUUCCCAGCACCCACUGCCUUUGGCUCCUCGCCACCUCACCACCAGCAGCCGCCCAACAUGGUGACGCUGCAGAACAUGCAGCAGAUGCACCACAUGCAGAACAUGCACCCCAUGGCCGGCUUCAUGCCCAACGUCGGCCUCCUCACCGGCGCACCGGGACCGCCACCACCGCCACCGCCGCAGGCCAACGCAACCGGCCGGACGGUGUACGUGGGCAACCUGCCUGCCGAUGCCUCGGUCGACGAGCUGCUCAACCAGGUCAAGUUUGGACCCAUCGACAACGUACGAGUGCUGCCCGACAAGAGCUGCGCAUUUAUCUCCUUUCUAGACGGCGCCACUGCAGCAGCGUUCCACGCAGAUGCCUCGGUCAAGAAGAUGUCGCUCCACAACCAGGAACUCAAGAUUGGCUGGGGAAAGCCCUCUGUGCUUCCGCCUCCGAUUCUCAUGGCCGUUCAGCAGGCCCAGGCGACGCGAAACGUCUACCUCGGCCAGCUCGACGACAACGUUGACGAGCAGAUGCUCAAGGAUGAUCUCGGCAGGUUCGGGCCCAUCGACCAGGUCAAGAUCGUCCGCGACAAGAACAUCGGCUUUGUCCACUUCCUCUCCAUUGCCACAGCCAUCAAGGUUGUCUCGACGUUGCCCACCGAGCCGGCCUGGGCGGGCAAGCGAGUCAACUACGGCAAGGAUCGAUGUGCCUACGUGCCCAAGAGCCAACAGAACAACCAGGCCCACAACAGCCAAGCAGCGGCGAUGGGCAUGGCUGCCGCUGCCUCUCUGGGCUACCCAGCAGGGUUCACGCCCUCGUCGGCAGCCUCGUUUGGUGGCAUGAUGCCUGGCGCUGCGCCGCCCAACCUCGGCGACGUCUCGAUUGGGAGCACCGAUGAGGACUCAAUCCGGGGCGGCGCCACCAGCGGAUCCAUGUUUGGCAACAUGAUGGCUGCCGCAGCCGCGGCCCAGUCCGGCUCCGGCCACAAUGGCGCAGCAACGGCCAUGCACCAGCUCGGCAACCGGACCGUCUACUUGGGCAACAUCCACCCGGACACGACGACUGAAGAGAUUUGCAACCACGUCCGCGGAGGCGUCUUGCAAAACGUUCGAUACAUUCCCGAGAAGCACAUUGCCUUUAUCACCUUUGUCGACCCCAAUGCGGCACUUGCCUUUUACCACUUGGCAAACUACUCGGGCGUGAUGAUCCACAACCGACGGCUCAAGAUCGGCUGGGGAAAGCACUCCGGGCCGCUGAGCCCGGCCAUUGCGAUGGCGGUGCAGGCAGGAGGGAGCCGAAAUGUCUACGUGGGCAACAUCGAGGACUUUGACUUCCACACGAUUGAGAAGCUGCGGAGAGAUUUCGGCGAGUACGGUGACAUCGAAAUGGUGAACCAGCUCCGAGAGAAGAGCUGCGCCUUUGUCAAUUUCUGCAACAUCCAAAACGCAAUCAAGGCUAUUGAGGCCAUGAAGAACCACCCAGAUUACCCGAACCAGCGCAUCGGUGCGGGCAAGGAUCGAUGUGGCAACCCUCCACGGGCGAUUGCAAAUCAGCUCAGAAAUUCGCAGUCGCCACCACCGCACGGUGGCAUGAUGCCGUCAUCGUCAUCUGGAAACUUGUCGGGCCUGUCACCUUCGGCAGCCGCAAGCCCUGCAGUUGCCGCAGGUCAGGCGGAUCAGACGCCGCAGCAGCAACAGCAAGAAGACGCAGCCGGAUCAGCACAGGCGGCCGAGUCGGAAGAGAGGGGCACCUCACAGACGGCAAUGGGCGCCAUUGCACCUCUUCAAGACGAAGGCGAGACCACUUCUUAGAUUGUCCGUCACCGCACAAAAGAAGAGCUCAUCUUCACGAUUUCGCUCCCCUCAAUUGCAAAAAUUAACAAUAAAAAUCGCAAAAGGAAAACGAACGUAUACCAUGGGAUCUA